CACGCUCCUUCAUCACCGUCCUCGACGUCCCCGCUCCUUUCUCAUCGUCUUGCACGACAAACAAGCGGUCUGCUAACAUGUCGGGAGGCUCGAGCAACCAAAUCAUAAUCCCGUCGACUGCACCCGCGGGGAGUCUAUCCAUCACUCAGCCCCCGCAGACGGCGACGUCGUACUACAAGAUCGCGCCGUCCAACACGAUCACCUUCGGCUGGAACUUCACCGAUGUCCUGGUCACCCCGAGCGCGCUCACCAUUUCUGCCGUCUGCGACAAUGGCAACACCUACCCCGUCGGGCCCACGAACGGCAUUCUCAAUGGCACGGCGUCCAGCGUAACGUGGGACCUCUGGUCGUGGCAGGAAGCGAACCCCAGCACACCGCUGGCCGUCGCGACGUAUACGCUGGAGAUAUGGGGAGACUUGGGCAGGGGCGCGGGGCAGCAGCCCGGCCAGCUGUCGGAGAACACGAACCUCCAGUUUGCGCUCUACUCACCACAACCCUACACCCCGCUUUCAAGUUGGACAUGCGCAGGGUGUAACGUCAACGCCGCGUGGUCAACAUAUGCCGCACAUCCUGCCACCGUCAGUCUCGUUGCGACGUUCCUCAUCAUGUUCCUCUCCGGCUGGGCGCUCAUACGACAGGCCUGGCACUGACCGGUCUGGCGUUAGCUUUCUGGGUUUGAAUAUGACGUAGAGUAUGGUUCUGACGUUCUGACAUUGGUUACGGACUACGUUGGGCACGACGGCUACGAUACGGUACUGCUUCUUCUGUUCAGUCUUUUCACGGACAUACACCUCGCAUACACAGCAUAGCAUUUGGUAAUUUGGACGUCGCAUGUGUACUCUGGGCGUACAUGGACAACUGGCAACUUGUACUUUUGCA